AAUGGUUGUUAGCAGGUAUUACUUGGUUUAUUAUUAUAAACGAUAAUACGGUAUACCGUGUUUACCAAUGAUACCUACGUGUUAGAUUUUAUUUUACUUCACCAUCACCACUCGCCAGUCGCCGCCUCACCCAUGAUAUAAACAUUGAUUAAGGACUCACCAGUCACCACUAUAGACAACCGUCCACCGUGCAUUGUGCUGACGUGUGGUUACUUUGGUUGUGGGAUCAAUUAUACAUUUAUUUAUAAAUUAUUGGUUCGAGACGUUCAAGUGGUUUAUGUUCACGACAAAAUUGAAACUUCCGUUUUAUAUGUUGUUCUAAGUAUAAGUUUUUUAAGUAUUUCACACCUUUUUGUUUUUAUUACGUAGUAUUAUAAUUUAAUCAAAUUUAUAAAAUCAUAGCCUUAAAAUUGUUGGAUAAUUUUUAUUAGGUAUAUUAUAUUUAGUACAAAAUAAUAUAACAUAAUAAUAAAAAUUUUAAAUAUAAUAUAUGAUAAUACAAAGUAUCUAAAAUGGCGGUUCCACUUCCAUGUGUACAGGUUGGAAAAUGUGAAAAGUGUUUGAACUAUUAUCCUGCUAAAUCUAUUCAUCAAUGUAUGCUUGUUACUGUCAAAGAGCAAAAACAUUUGAGAAAAAUUUUACCAGCAGAGUGCAAAGAAAAAAACACAUCACAGAUAAAUCUUAAUAAUAAUGAUAAUGAUCAAAUAAUAGUAAAGAAUAAAGACACUAUAAAUGAUUAUAGUUCUACUUCUUGUUUAAUAAGUGCCAUUAAAAGUCGGCGUCCAUUAUUUGAUCAUACAAUGCCAUUAUCAAAUAGAUGUGAAUCAAUUAAAAACAAAUUAUGGAGUGAAGUACAUGAUAAAUUACAAGGUCAAUUCACUAUUGACGAGUUAAAAAAAAAAUGGAAAUAUCUAAAGGAAAAAUAUGUCCGUGAAAGACAAAAACAAAAAAAAAAUGGUUUUAAAGUAGCUAAAAAAUCAAAAUGGUUACAUUAUACUCAACUAUCAUUCCUGGAAGAAGUGGUAACACAAUUUCAUGAUAAAAAGAUUAUAAGUAAUUUAGAUUUAAAUUUAGACAAUUGUUCUGAAGACUCUCCUCAAAAUUUAACUGCUAAAGAUCAAAACAGAAAAGAAAAAAACGAUCAUAACUUCCAAAGAUUAAAUGGGCAUAAAAUAGCAAGACAUUCAUCACUAGCAGAAUUAAUUGAUGAACCAUAUGAUUCUGAUGUCGCUUUUGGAAAGUAUUUAGUAUCAUUAAUGAAAGAUUUACCAAUAAGUAAGAGAAAAAAGUUACAAAGUCAGAUUAUAACGACUGUUAUAUCUGCUCAGGAUCUAGAUUAAAGACCAUGAUCAUAAUGUUUAUAAUAUAAUUUGUACAGACUCGAACGUAUUAAUUAUUAUUAUUUUUGAAUGUUGUUUAAUUUAUUUAAAAAUAAUUUUUAUGCUGAUUAAUACUAUGUAUAAUAAUAAUUUUAUUUAUAUUAGAUUUAGAGUGGAGCAAUGAAUAUAUUUAUUUUACAAU